CACUCGGACGGCUGUAUUACUCCAAUAAAGUUUUAGGGUUUUAAAGUUGAAGCCACUUGCUGCUUCGCUUUACAGUGAGAAACCAAGAACAAACAGAACUCUUCACGAAAUUUGAGAGGAAUAUUAUUGUAAAGGAAGAAUGCAGGCUUGUGGUGGAGCUGCAAUGACGGGCUCUUUGCAUCAGCCCAUGAGGGUUAAUCAACCAGCAUUUCCUUUAAAAGGAUCUCGGAUUACUGGAUACCCGCUUCAGAUUAAGCUUAACUCAGUGAAACCCUGUAGAGCUCAACUCGAAGGCAGCUUAAUUACCGGGAGGCCCAGCUCUUCACUCUCUGUCCCUGUGCUUGAAAACAGCUUUGUGGACCAUGGCCUCGGUGAUGCUGAUCCUGAGGUAUGCUCAAUUAUUAGUAAGGAGAAGGAGAGGCAGUUCAAAAGCCUUGAGCUUAUUGCCUCUGAGAAUUUUACAUCCCGUGCAGUGAUGGAGGCAGUUGGGUCAUGUCUCACAAACAAGUAUUCUGAAGGACUGCCUGGUAAAAGGUACUAUGGUGGCAAUGAGUACAUUGAUGAACUUGAAAUACUUUGCCAGAAGAGGGCUUUGGCAGCAUUUCACUUGGAUGAAAAGAAGUGGGGCGUCAAUGUUCAACCAUUGUCAGGUUCUCCUGCUAAUUUUGAGGUUUAUACAGCUAUUCUAAAUCCACAUGAUCGGAUAAUGGGUCUUGACUUACCUCACGGGGGACAUUUGUCACAUGGAUUUAUGACCCCGAAAAGACGAGUAUCUGGCACGUCAAUCUAUUUUGAGUCAAUGCCUUACCGUCUCAAUGAAUCCACAGGUCUUGUUGAUUAUGACAUGCUUGAAAAAACAGCUACCCUGUUUCGACCAAAACUCAUAAUUGCUGGUGCCAGUGCAUAUCCUCGUGAUUUUGACUAUCCUCGUAUGAGGAAAAUUGCAGAUGCUGUUGGUGCAUUUCUCAUGAUGGAUAUGGCUCAUAUAAGUGGACUUGUUGCUGCUUCUGUAGUUGCUGACCCAUUUGAAUAUUGUGAUAUUGUGACAACAACCACACACAAGUCUCUGAGAGGUCCUAGAGGUGGCAUGAUCUUCUUCAAGAAGGAUCCUGCUCAUGGAGUUGAUCUAGAAUCUGCCAUCAAUAAUGCUGUUUUUCCAGGGUUACAGGGAGGUCCUCAUAACCACACAAUUGGUGGGCUAGCAGUUUGCUUAAAACAUGCACAGUCGCCUGAAUUCAAGGCUUACCAGAAUCAGGUAGUGUCGAAUUGUAGAGCUCUUGCAAGUCGAUUAGUUGAACUUGGCUAUACACUGGUUUCUGGUGGCAGUGAUAAUCAUGUACUUGUGGACCUAAGGCCACUGGGGGUUGAUGGUGCUCGGGUCGAGAAAAUACUUGACAUGGCCUCUAUCACCUUGAACAAAAAUUCAGUGCCUGGGGAUAAGAGUGCGCUUGUUCCAGGUGGCAUUCGCAUUGGAUCACCUGCUAUGACCACUCGAGUUAAAGAAAAGGAAUUUAUAGCUAUUGCGGACUUUAUCCAUGAGGGUGUGCAAAUUACUAUUGGUGCUAAAGGAUUGGUUUCUGGGUCGUCAAAGCUUCAAGAAUUCUUGAAGUUUGUGGUAGCUCCGGAGUUUCCGUUGAUGGACAAGGUGUUGAAUCUCCGUAGUAGAGUCGAAGCCCUUACAACCCAAUUUCCCAUUCCUGGUGUAUGAAUGACACAGGUUCACUUUACUAAGUUAUAAGAAACAUCAGAGCAGGGUGAAAUCAAACAUAGAUUUUUAGACCUGACAUUGAUGCUAAGCUUUUUAAUAAGUUCAAGCCAAUGAAAUGAAAA